GUUGUGUCUCUCACUCCCAACACCAUUUCCUAAACAGAUAAGACACUUUAAACGGCAGAGAAACUUCUAGAUUUCCGGCUAAUCCUUUGAGAAGAAGAACGAUAUCCACUAUCACUUCUGAACAUGAUUUCGGUUGUUAUCGUCACUGAGCUACUGCUCGAGUACGCGGCGGCCCUCGCGAAACUCACGGCUGGUAUUCUUCCUAGACGGCGAGGAGACAGAGACGUUAUAAGGAUUGGUGGUUUCUCUCUGCGUUGUCCUCCUAGACCGUCGCCUAUUCCAGAUUUCUCUUCUCAUCUCGUUGACUUCUGAUAUGUGCCACAAAGCAAGCUUUCGGAUCUCAGUGUUGUGCUUUCACCGGAGCUACUAGGAUACUGUGACGGCCGGGACUUUUCAUUUUCACUCUGAUUUUGUCUCUCUUUUUCUUUUGACUUUUUUUUUAGUCGAAUGAAACUUCAUCUGGAUUCUUGAUCAGAGCUUUGUAAAAUUGUAUCUAAUUAUAAAUAGAGAUUGUGAUUUUGAUGGACUCUUGAUCUUUCAGUGUUUCUUGAUUUUGACCUUUUCAUUCUUUUUAAAUAUUUCGGCUGUGUGAUGAGAAUCUCACUUUCGCUUUUUAGAUUGAACAUAUGAUGGAAAGCCUAUGUUUUGUUCUAGCUUCACUUUUCUGACAAGAUGCAUUUGUUUGCUUAGCUUCUAUGCAUUUGUUUGUUUGUAAACCAACGAAUAUACACUAAACACGAGUAUUAGCCAACUGGUUACUUCGAUGCUUGUAGCUAUGGUCUCAAAGUAAUCAAUUAAGUUAGUAACUUGUUAACUAUCAUUUCUA